UCUGCUCCUCUGAGGACAGGGCUGACUUUGGACAUGCUUUAGAAGAAGAGAAGAAGCCUUGCUCUUGCACAGGGACACCACAAUGUCCAGCUGGGACUCUCCGCCAGAUUAUCCCCUCAGUUCAGACUUAGUGAGGAGAUUAAAGUGUGCCCUGGCCGCUGGGGACAAUGACACUGUGCAGGAACUGAUCUGCACUGAGGUGGAGCCCGUGGACGCCGUGAUAGAGCUGGCUAAUGACGACUGGAUGAAGGAGCCCUCAGCUCAGCUGCCCACAGGAGCACUCCUAGGAGACCUGGACCGUAUUCGAUCCCUCAUGGACCAGUUCUUCCAGGACACCAACGUGGUGUUUGAGAUCAGAAAUGGAGAGAUGGAAUGGCAGGUGACAUCCUUGGCCACUUUUGGGCUUUCAGGCCUCUGGACCCUGGAGUACAAGCGGGAGCUCACCACACCGCUGUGCAUCGCUGCGGCCCACGGCCACGUGUUCUGCGUGCGACACCUUCUCAGUCACAGUGCUGAUCCGGAUGCCAGGCCCGGAGGUCGUGGUGCCCUACACGAGGCCUGCCUCGGGGGCCAUACCGCCUGCACCCGGCUGCUGCUGCAGCAUGGGGCAAACCCAGAUCUGCUCAGCGCCGAGGGCCUGGCACCCCUGCACCUGUGCCGCACACCCGCCUCUCUGGGGUGCGCGCAGGCGCUGCUGGAGCACGGCGCGACGGUACAGCUGGAAUGCGGCCCUGGCCGGGACACACCGCUGCACGUGGCGGCCCAGUACGGCCUGGACGAGCACGCGCAACUCUACCUGGGCCGCGGCGCGCGCGUGGACGCGAGGAACGCUCGCGGCGAGACAGCCUUGAGCGCGGCGUGCGGAGCGGCGACGCGUAGCCCUGACGAGCACGCGCGCUGCCUGCGCCUGUGCGCGCUCCUGCUGCGCGGCGGCGCGGCGGCAGACGCGCGCGACGAGGACGAGCGCAGCCCGCUGCACAAGGCCUGCGGCCGCGCGCGCCCCAGCCUGUGCACGCUCCUGCUGCGGCACGGCGCCGACGCGGGCGCGCUCGACUACGGUGGAGCGUCGCCGCUGGCGCGCGCGCUGCAGACGGCCACGUGCGCGCCCCCGGCAGCACCGCAGCGCACGGUGCAGGCGCUACUCAACCACGGAGCCCCCUCGGUGUGGCCUGACGCCUUCCCCAAGGUGCUGAGGACCUGUGCACAGGUGCCUGCUGUCAUUGAAGUUCUGUUCAACUCCUACACUAAGCUCCGAGUUUCUGACUCUUGGCAGGAGGUGAUUCCAGAAGAAGUAUACCAGAAGCACGAGCCGUUCUACAGGUCUCUCUUCGCCUUGGCGCACACCCCGCGCAGCCUGCAGCACCUUUGCCGCUGUGCCAUCCGAAGGCUCUUGGGCAAGAAGUGUUUUCUCCUUGUGCCCCAGCUACCCCUCCCUGAGACCCUGCAAAUGUAUCUGCUUCUGGAGCCAGAGGGUGUUCUGCGUUGAAACCACAGCCUUGGAGCUCAGGUUCUUCUCUGCAUCUUUGUCUGUCUGCAGACAGUCUGUGAGGAAGCACCCUGGGGUGCACAUCCAGCACCCUCCAUCUCCCAGCUGACCAGGGGAGGCACAGACCCACAAGCCUCCAGGUCACGUGAAAUGGAGUUGGAAAUAAAAACCCUCUCUGUUGUUGGAGCUGGAGAGAUGACUCAGCAGCGAAGAGAUUCUG